CUAGAGAAAAACCUCCAUAAUAAACAUCUAUGGCCAAACCACCACCUAAAAAAGAUAAACAUCAUAGAAAACACUCUACAAUGUCACCAUUUUGCCUUUCCAUAUUUCUCUUAACCAUUUUUGUAGCUCUCUUCACUCUGUUUCAAAUCCAAUCUCUUCAUACUACUACUUCACCAUCUUUUUCACCUCUUAUUCAUCGAUGGCAAAAGCUCACAACUUGCAACCAAGAAAUCAAAUCUUUGUCAGAAAAGCUUAAAGAAAGUGUCACAUUUCUUCCACUCAAAGACUUGAGAUAUCAAGACAAAGCGCUUCAAGGCCAUACAUGGUUUAUGAGCUCAAUGUAUGAUACUCAAGAAGAAGGUGGAGUACAAUAUCAACAAUUCCCUUCAAACUCAUCAAAUUUCAGGAUACUUUGUUUAAAAGGCAACGAUACCCACGAUGGUUCUUGGAAUUCUUAUGCUCUAGCUUGGCCUGAAACCCUACCUUCUAAUGCUACUUUAAUGAAAGGCUUAACUUUUGUGUCAUAUAAUCAUUAUAAUUAUGACAAUAUUUGGCAUGGGUUAUCUGCUAUAGUACCUUUUGUUGCUUGGCAUAUAAGAAAUGGGUGUGAAAACCCUAAUAGAUGGGUUUUGUAUCAUUGGGGAGAGCUUAGGUUUCAAAUGGGUGCAUGGUUAAGAAAUUUAACAGGAGCUACAUUUGGAGGUGAAGAACCAAAUGUUGAAAGGUUUGAAUGGGCUAAUAAAAAUGACCCUAUCUGCUUUGAAAAGGCAGUGGUUAUGAGGCACAACGAAGGUGGCAUGUCAAGGGAGAGAAGAAUUGAGACUUAUGAUUUGCUGAGAUGUAAGGCUAGGGUUUCCUGUAAUGUGAGCUUGUUGCAGAGAGUUAAUGAAAAGGGUUUGCCUUUGAUUGGUAUGACUUUGUUUAUGAGAACUGGUCCAAGAUCUUUCAAGAAUGAGUCUGCUGUGAUUGGAAUUUUUGAAAAGGAAUGUGCAAAGGUUGAAGGUUGCAAAUUGAUGGUGGCAUAUUCCAAUAAUCUUACUUUCUGUGAGCAGGUAAAGCUGAUGGGCAUGACAGAUAUUCUAGUAUCUCCACAUGGAGCACAAUUAACCAACAUGUUCCUAAUGGACAGAAAUAGCAGUGUCAUGGAAUUUUUCCCCAAAGGAUGGCUAAAACUUGCUGGUGUAGGUCAAUUCGUUUACCAUUGGAUUGCUAGCUGGUCUGGUAUGAGACAUCAAGGCGCAUGGCGAGACCCUACCGGCGAUCACUGCCCCUUCGGGGAAGAUGAUCGCCGGUGUAUGUCAUUUUACAAAGGUGGUAAAAUUGGAUUCAAUGAAACAUAUUUCUCUGAGUGGGCUAGAAAUGUUCUUACUGAAGUGAAAACAAGAAAGUUGGAGGAAGUGAAAAAUAAUAGUGCUGCUUCAACUUCUAGUUGUGCUUGUGGUUAAAUUAAUUAUUAUGUCAAUUAUAGUUUUGCAUUUUUAUUUUCAAUUUUGCAUGGGAAAUUGAACACUUAUGGGCAAUGCAUACCAAUUCCAUUUUUGC